AUGGCCCUCUACAAUGCCUCGGAGCUGGAAGGGAACAGCACAGUGACCGGGGAGGUGCGUGAGUCAAUCUCCGUGCUUCCAAGCCUGUUCCUCCUCCUUUGCUUCCUGGUGGGCGUCCCUGGGAACGGCUUUGUCGUCUGGACUAUCGUUUCCAAGUUCUCCCAGCGCUCCUUGACCCUCCUCCUCAUUUUGAACUUGGCCAUCACAGACUUAAUUGUCAUGAGCACCAUCCCGUUCUGGAUGUACUCGUUCCUCUAUGGCUGGGUCUUUGGAAAUGUGUUUUGCCGGCUCCUCAAGUACCUUGUCUACUUGACCAUCUACGCCAGCAUCUUCCUCAUCACGCUGAUGAGCCUCCAUCGUGUUGCCGCCGUGGUCUUCCCGUUCGCUUCCCAAAAGCUGUGGCGGCCGCGCGUGGCGCACUGUGCGUUGCUGGCACUCUGGCUGGCCGCCUGUCUCUUUGGAAGCCCGAUUCUGAUUGUGUCGUCCAAGCCCAAGAAGGAAGGAGUGUGCAUGGAUGAAAUGUACUACACUGAUCAGCAGCGAAUUACGGUGAACUUUGUGGAGACCUUGUUUGGCUUUGUGAUCCCUUUCGCUGUGAUGGCCGUCUGCUACUCCUGCGUCUUGAGAAGGCUCCGGUUGCUGAAGAGCCAUAAGAAAAUUAAGACCAGGAAGCUCAUCGCAGCAGUGGUCCUCGCUUUCUUCGUGUGUUGGCUCCCUUACCACGUCUUCAACAUCCUCAUAAGCGUAGCGCUGAUGUUGAAAAAGGAACGCCCGGAGACGGCACAAACCUUGCUAGGAGUGACCAAAGUGGCAACGAACAUCCACGGGGCGCUAGCCUUUGUAAGCAGCUGCCUGAACCCUAUCCUGUAUGCUUUUGCUGCGCGGAGCUUCCGGGGAGGGCUACGGGAGAGCAAUUUCGCCAAGUUGUUUGCCAAAAUUCACGAAGAGUCGGAAGAAAAAUCUGUAGAGAAAUCUACAGGGGACAGUGGUCUUUCAACAGAAAAGUUAUAG